AUGGGGAACGCGGUGACGUCCAUGAAGAAGGCGUUCGACAAGAUGUUCGGGAACAAGGAGAUGCGCGUCGUCAUGCUCGGCCUGGACGCCGCGGGCAAGACGACGAUCUUGUACAAGCUUCACAUCGGCGAGGUGCUCUCCACGGUCCCCACGCUCGGGUUUAACGUCGAGAAGGUGCAGUACAAGAACGUCGUGUUCACGGUGUGGGACGUCGGCGGGCAAGAGAAGCUGCGGCCGCUGUGGAGGCACUACUUCAACAACACGGACGGGCUCAUCUACGUCGUGGACUCGCUUGACAGAGAUCGCAUCGACCGCGCGAGGGCUGAGUUCGAGAGCAUCAUCAACGACCCGUUCAUGAGGAACUCCGCCAUCCUCGUCUUCGCGAACAAGCAGGACAUGCGCGGGUGCCUCACCCCCGCGGAGGUCGCGGAGGGGUUAGGGAUGCGCGAGUUGCGGGCGCGGAAGUGGCACGUCCAGAGCGCGAUCGCGACGCGCGGGGAGGGGUUGUACGAGGGGUUGGACUGGCUGUCGAGCACGCUGAAAUCGAUGCAAGGGCGGGGGCAGGCGACGUCGGUGGGGACGUCGGGGGAGAAGCAGAGCAAGGGGUUCUCGCUGUUCGGGGUGAAGCUGUGACGCGACGUUUAACGUCGGACGCGAGGACGCGGCGUUUGAGGCGGCGGCGGGGCUGGUGGUGGUGGCGGCGACGACGGGGCGGGGUUUGGUUUCGACGACGCAGAAGACGACGUUUGUCUCGAUUCAACAUCUCAUCGC